ACAGGAGAUGGCGUUGAUGUUAAUCCGCUGAUUGUGAUUGUUUGAAAUUGAAAUGACAGAAAUGUACUUUCGAUAGUUUGUAGUAAUAUUUGUAUGUCACAACACAAACCAACCUCUGAACAGACCGUGUUAAAUUAUUUUUGUGCAAUUUCAAACAUUUUUUCCCCUAUAUUAUAUUUAUUCAAAUUCGGCAGUUGUAUUUUUGUCUACAACAUGUAGGCCUAAGCUAAAGAUUACUUUUUUGGUUUGAUUAAUAGGUACUCAAUUUUUAGAGGGUAACGUUUUGAAGGUUAGGCUGCUUUGUUUUUGUACAAAUCCAUCUUUAUUGUUUGUCAUUACGAAAUCGUCCAUUGCUCCUAAAAUGUUUCUAAGGUCAUUAGUUUUAUAUUUUUGAAUUUAUUAUCUCAACGUUGCUUCAGUAAUUUAGCAAAGCAAAAUUCAGUAACCAUCAAAAAUUAUUUGUGAUUAUGGAUCCAAAUCUACUUCUUUGUCUGUUAGACCCUUUAGUUACCGUUAAUUUUAAACAAUGGCUGUAGAGUUUGGUUGAACAUUUUAAUGACGUCGUAAAUUAUUGUAGUAAAAUUAGAAUUACAAUUUCAAAGAACAAAUUAUUUUAAUAUUAUACGGUACCUAAAACAAAUUCAUCAUGGAAGCCAGCUACCAACAGUUUGCUGAUGCUGAUGAUUCUGAAGAUACACCUCAGGGUAGUGGAAUUAUGAUUCAUUUUGUACCAGAAAGUGGAAAAGCUGCUCGUUGGAAUCAUAUUGAAGACCUGGACUCGUUCUUCUCCAAGGUGUAUCAGUAUCAUCAAAAACAUGGAUUCAGAGUUAUGGCUGUGCACGAAUUUUUCGGCCUCUUCCAAUUUGUAUUUGUUGUGAUAUUUUCUGCUUAUCUUUUCUACUGUGUAGACUAUGAAAUUCUUUUCAAGAACAAACCUCCUCCUAAUAAAAAUGAAAAAGUAUCAUUGUCAGAUGCCUUGCUGGGCUGUCAUGAAUGUGUUCAAACGUUCGAUACAAAAAUAUGGUGUAUAAUCAUAAUAGCUUCAAUAUUCUGGCUGUUAAGGGCUGUGAAAGUAUUCUAUCACCUUUUCCAGUUCUAUGAUGUCAAGGCAUUCUAUAACGUCGCUUUGAAGAUCAAUGAUGGAGAUUUGGAUAACGUUACAUGGCACGAGGUUCAGAAGAGAGUGCGCGAAGUCCAGCUGGAACAACAAAUGUGUAUUCAUAAGAAGGAUUUGACGCAGCUUGAUAUCUAUCACAGAAUUUUGAGGUUCAAGAACUAUCUAGUUGCAAUGGUCAACAAGAAUCUAUUGCCUGUGAAAUUGAAUAUUCCAGUAAUUGGUGAAACGGUGUACUUAACUCACGGCCUCAAAUACAACAUAGAGUUUCUCCUAUUUUGGGGUCCUUGGUCUCCUUUUGAGAAUAAUUGGCAUCUCAAAGAAGAGUAUAAAAAAGUGAACAGGAGACAUGAUUUGGCACAGAUGCUAUCCAAAAUGAUCACCUAUGUUGCCAUGGCCAACCUACUUCUCUGUCCGUUGAUUUUGUUGUGGCAAAUUUUGUACUCAUUCUUCAGUUACGCCGAGAUUAUCAAAAGGGAACCAGGAGUAUUGGGUGCACGUUGUUGGUCCUUGUAUGGGAAAAUCUAUCUUCGUCAUUUUAAUGAGCUUGACCACGAACUUUAUGCUAGACUUAAUCGAGCUUAUAGGCCAGCUUCAAAGUACAUGAAUAGUUUUACUGAUCCUUUCAUGACUGAAGUUGCACGAAAUUUCAUUUUUGUUGGUGGAUCAAUCGCAGCUGUUCUCAUAAUCUUGACAUUGUAUGAUGAAGAUGUUAUCAAUGUUGAAUACGUACUUACUAUCCUUUCACUGCUAAUUAUGGCUCUCACAAUACUCAGAGGCUUCAUUCCUGACGAGAAUAUGGUUUGGUGUCCGGAAGUUCUGAUGACUCAAGUACUGAGUCAAGUGCACUACAUCCCUGACAGCUGGAGAGGCAAAGCGCACACGUCCAAAGUGAGACAGGAAUUCGCGCAGCUAUUUCAGUUCAAAGCUAUCUAUCUGGUGUCAGAGCUGCUGUCGCCGAUCGUGACUCCACUGAUGCUGCUGUUCUACAUCCGGCCGAAGGCGCUGGACAUCGUCGACUUCUACCGCAACUUCACGGUGGAGGUGGUGGGCGUCGGAGACGUGUGCUCGUUCGCGCAGAUGGACGUGCGUCGCCAUGGCAACCCCAUGUGGCAGUCGACGCCUGCCCUAGCCACCGUCGCCCCUCAGCCUGCUGCCCCGCCCAACCAGUACACACAAGCUGAGGAUGGAAAGACAGAGCUGUCGCUGCUGCACUUCACGAUGAUGAACCCGGACUGGCAGCCACCGGCCGAUGCGCGCGACUUCAUGGCCGGCAUCAGGUCAAGGGCGGGGCCCCCCUCCACCAACUCUGCCUUUGGUGUUGCGAUGAGUGGUUUGUCACCCCGCCCGGGCAUGCCGGGAACAUCGCAGAUUCCUCCUCUGUUUUCGGACUCUGAGAAUGACGAUGUGACACCAAGCAUGAUCCGCACGGGCCUCACUCGGGCUGAAGGACCACUGCCAUUCGGCUUAGGCCUGUAUGUGACGAAUCAGCAACAGCCUAUGAUGGAUUACUCGCUCGGUGCUUCAGUUUUUGGGCCAGAUUCAGUGCUUCCUGAAGGCGUCUCGUUAACUCAUGAUAUGAACAAUAGUACUUUAUAUCUCCAUGAUCUCCAUCAAAGGCACGUAAGGCGAAGAGGGCCACAGCAACGGGAAAUGAACGUGUGGCAGCGUCACUCAACCCAGCCGACGAGCGUAGUGAGUUCUACAGUGGCUGGCGCAGGGGCGGGUGCGGGCACCGCGGGGGGUGGGGGAGAGAGGACGCCCCUCCUCCUCACCGCACCCAACACCUACUACAACCCCUCAUGACGAGAGAUGCCUACAUUCGUAUAAUUCAUGUUCAUACUAACUGACACCACAGACGCUCGCUCGAACUCAUCACUUUUUUGUUUGCAUGCAAAAUAAAUGACCAACACAUGUCGACUUGUUAUAUCAAUUUAAAUAUAGGAUUGUUGUUAUCAGUAUAAUUAUUUAAAACAUCUCACGGAUUAUCAAAGUGAAAGUGAAAAUUAUCAAUAGGGGGUAUGCCAGUACAUUAAUGUCCUUGAUAAGUAAUUAGUAGUGUACACACCUUUUGAUAGGGCUAAUCAUGUUUAAGACUAGGACAAGAAUAUUUUUCAAUGAUUCUCGAAAAAGUACAAAUAUUUUUAACAUUAAUACAACUGACUUCACCACUAAUCAAGCGGAAUCUAACGAAUCUAUUUAUAGCGAAAAUUAUAUUAUUUAUGUAAGCGUAUUUAACAUAUUACAGUGAUAUUUCUAAACUAAACUUAAUCUUGAAGUAUUGAGCCUUUUCUUAAUUACCUGACUUUCGAACAUAAUUUUUAGGAUAAAUUCUAUUAAAAAAAUUACCAUAUGAAGUUCGUGAAAAUACCAUAUUAUUUGAUAAAAUUAAUCUUUGUUCAUAUUGUAGUUUUAUGUAGUAAUAAUAACUUGAAAUAUAAGUGAAUCGUUUUAAAAAUAUGUUCUUUAUCAGAUUCUCUUCAGAUUUUUAGCGAUUCCUCAUUUUGAACAAAAUUGACUGGCUAUUUGAACUUGGGUAUAAUUUAUUGAUUUUUCCAAGUUUUAAGUGAUUAAAAUAUAUAUAUUUUAAAAUUGUUUAUUAAAAUUAGGAACAAAACUGUAUGAAAUUGAUUAUCCUUGUAUUAGUUAAGUGAUAUUAUUCAGGUUAAGAAUAUAUUUUGAUUGAAAAUAAAAUAUUUAGGCAGCUGAAAUGUCUCGUUAUAGUUAAUUUGCGAGGCUUUCAACUUUGAGCGUUGAGUUAAGGGGUUUUAAAUAGUCCUCUCUCCACGUUAUUUGAUGUAUGAUGUAAUUGUUCGCUCAAUUAUGCUCACAAUUAUAAUUUUUAAUUUAUCUUUAAUUAAAAGAGUAAUUUUAAUUUUAUUCGUUUAUGAGGCAACUAAUUUCCUUGCUUGUUGAAUUAUUUAAUGUCUCAUUUGCUGUUGAAUCUAACUUAUUCUCAUCAAUAAUUUCAAUCAAAUUACAACAAAUAAGAUAUCAAACCAAGCAUUUGUAAAAGUCGCCUCUUUCAACAAGGGUUGUUUAUAUCUCUACUCUCUACUUCAUAUUAUAAUUCUAAACAAAUGGUUAUUUCAAGACGUUUGGUAUGAAACACGGCAUAUUCAAACACAAUACAAUAUAGUAGUGAAUAAUGUUAAAUCCUUCUUUCUCAAGUUGGUUAUCAUUAAAUCAUUCAUAGUUGCUUUACCUCUUGUCCUCUGUUUAUCAUAUUUUAAUAGUAACUAACAUAGUUAUGUCAAUGAACUUUAUCAUCUAGUCUUCUUAAUAUGGGAAAUAAUCGGCUGUAUGAAUGAGAUUUAAUUUAAAUAAUAGUCUUAAUAUUGUAAAUGAGUCAAAUCGUAUGUUUAUAAUUCGCAGAUUUUUGUUUGAUCAGGUUGAAUUAUUGAUUUAAUUUAUAACUAUUUUCAUCGGUUCCUUGUUUAUAAUUUUGUUUUGAUGAAUAAAUUGUUUGUAAAUACAUA